UUUAUCAUCUCACAAACCUGCGUGCGCUGCGAUCAUGGCCGGCCGUUCCAGCGCCCUCUGUUGCACACACAUCAGAUGAUCAUAGCCCAUCCGUGUACCAUAUUUUAUGCUGGGCGGAUCCCAGAUCGUUAGAAGAAUAUCACAACACUUGUGGCUUCAGCCGGGUGCAGGGACAAGAAGAAUUCUUCCACUCGAUCCUCCGGCGAUUUCCAUCAUCAUUCCAUCGCCAGCUCGCUGCAACAGAAGCUGGCAGAAGGAAUUCAUAGGAGCGUAGCUGUUACCUCGCCGACGGCCAACGGAUCCUGCCCGAGCUCGGGAGCGCAGCAGCCAUGGAGCCAGGAAAGCGGGAGACAUGGCGGACGACGAUGUUGCUGGCGUACCAGAGCCUGGGGGUGGUGUACGGGGACCUGAGCAUCUCUCCGCUCUACGUCUACAAGAGCACCUUCGCCGACGACAUCACGCACACCGACUCCAACGACGAGAUCCUCGGCGUCCUCUCCUUCGUCUUCUGGACGCUCACCCUCGUCCCGCUCAUCAAGUACGUCUCCAUCGUGCUCCGCGCCCACGACAACGGCGAGGGCGGCACCUUCGCGCUCUACUCCCUCAUCUGCAGGCACGCCAACGUCAGCCUGCUCCCCAACCGCCAGCUCGCCGACGAGGAGCUCUCCACCUACAGCCUCGAGCGCCCGCCGGAGGAGGUCGCCCACGGCUCCCGCGUCAGGCGAUGGCUCGAGGGCCACAGGAGCCUCAAAACCGCCCUGCUCGUCAUGGUCAUGAUUGGCACCUGCAUGGUCAUCGGCGACGGCGUCCUCACCCCCGUCAUCUCCGUGUUCUCGGCUGUUUCUGGGCUUGAGCUCUCCUUGUCCAAGCAUCAGCAUGAAUAUGCCGUCACUCCGAUAACCUGUGCCAUAAUAGUGUUCCUGUUUGCUCUCCAGCAUUACGGCACACACCGUGUCGGGUUUCUCUUCGCUCCGAUAAUUCUAGCCUGGCUGAUCUGCAUGAGUGCGCUCGGCGUGUACAAUAUCAUCUACUGGAACCCUCAGGUUUACAUGGCACUCAAUCCCAUGUACAUGCUCAAAUUCUUGAGGAAGACCAAGAAGUCUGGUUGGAUGUCCCUGGGAGGGAUUGUGCUCUGCAUGACAGGAUCUGAAGCAAUGUUUGCAGACCUUGGCCACUUCUCCUACAGUGCAAUCCAGCUUGCUUUCACUUCUUUGGUAUAUCCUGCACUGAUCUUAGGAUACAUGGGUCAAGCUGCCUAUUUAACCAGACACCAUAACUUCGACUCGAGCUACCAAAUUGGAUACUACAUCUCAGUUCCAGAGGCUGUGAGAUGGCCAGUGCUGGUGCUGGCGAUCAUGGCGUCGGUGGUGGGAAGCCAAGCGAUCAUCAGCGGAACAUUCUCCAUCAUCAACCAGAGCCAGGCCCUCAGCUGCUUCCCGCGGGUGAAGGUCGUGCACACGUCGGCCAAGGUCCAUGGCCAGAUCUACAUCCCGGAGAUCAACUGGAUGCUCAUGGUGCUCUGCAUUGCCGUCACCGUGGGCUUCCGCGACACCAAGCACAUGGGGAACGCGUCCGGGCUGGCAGUGAUCACCGUGAUGCUGGUGACCACGUGCCUGACCUCGCUUGUGAUGAUGCUCUGCUGGCAGCGGCCGCCGGCGCUGGCGCUUGCCUUCUUCGUCUUCUUCGGCUCCAUCGAGGCGCUCUACUUCUCGGCGUCGCUCACGAAGUUCCUCGACGGCGCGUGGGUGCCGCUCCUCCUCGCGCUCAUCCUCGUCGCCGUCAUGUUCGUGUGGCACCACACCACCGUCAAGAAGUACGAGUUCGACCUCCACAACAAGGUCACCAUGGAGUGGCUCCUCGCGCUCUGCGACAGGCUGGGCAUGGUCCGCGUCCCCGGCAUCGGCCUGGUCUACACCGACCUCACCUCCGGCGUGCCCGCCAACUUCUCGCGCUUCGUCACCAACCUCCCCGCGUUCCACCGCGUGCUCGUCUUCGUCUGCGUCAAGUCCGUGCCCGUGCCCCGGGUGCUCCCCGCCGAGCGCUACCUCGUCGGCCGCGUCGGCCCGGCGGGCCACCGCUCGUACCGCUGCAUCGUGCGCUACGGGUACCGGGACGUGCACCAGGACGUGGACUCGUUUGAGACGGAGCUCGUCGAGAGCCUCGCGUCCUUCAUCCGGCUCGACGCGCUGUUCCGGUGCAGCGACGCCCGCAGCGACGCCGACUACGAGCGGGAGAACGCAUUCACCGUCAUCGGCAGCAACCCGCUCCGGCGCCGCAUCAGCUACGACGACACCCACGACAGCGCCUCGUCCGUGGAGAUACGCGUGGACAGCAUGACAGGCAGCGGGACGAAUACCGUAGAGCUCGCGGCCGUGCCGACGGCGGCGCGGGUUGUGAAGAGGGUGAGGUUCCUCGUGGACCCCGGGAGCCCCGAGGUGGAGGACAAGCAGAUGCUGGAGGAGCUCCACGAGCUGUGCGAGGCGAGGGAGGCCGGCACGGCCUUCAUCAUGGGCCACUCCCACGUGAAGGCCAAGCCCGGGUCGUCGCUGCUCAGGAGGUUGGCCAUCGGGUACGGGUAUAACUUCCUGCGCCGGAACUGCCGCGGCCCGGACGUCGUGCUCCGCGUGCCGCCGGCGUCGCUGCUCGAGGUCGGCAUGGUCUACGUGCUGUGAUUCACAGACACGGGGCUUCUGUUCUGUCUCUAGCUUCCGGACAUGCUGCUGUAAAUUGUAACGUGACGGCCGGCAUGACGCGUGAUGGAAAUCUUUUAUGUUUUGAUUGAUGAAA